AUGUGUAUAGAUAGUGAUGCUCAGCUACUUGAAUGUUGUCAUUUGGUGCCUCCUAGCUUUGAAAGAGUGAUUGUAAUUUACUUGGAACACCCCACUAUUAUUAAUGUGGAUGAAUCUGCAAUGGCUUGGAAGGAGAGGGGUCCUAUUGCAAGAAACUUAACUGCUAAAUUUGAACAUGAAGAUGAGAGUGAUGAACAGUCUGGUUAUGAAGAGGAUGAGGAUGAUGACAUUGUUGUUGAUGUGGCUAUAAAUAUGGAGGAUGGGGGUGAUGACAUUGCUAUUGAUGAGGCUAUAAAUAUAGAGGAUGUGGGUGAUGAUAUUGCUAUUGAUAUAGAGGAGGAGGGUGAUGAAGGUACUGUUCCUGAGGGUAUAAAUGUGGAUGAGGAGGGUGAUGAAGGUACUGUUCCUGAGGGUAUAAAUGUGGAUGAGGAGGGUGAUGAAGGUACUGUUCCUGAGGGUGUAAAUGUGGAUGAGGAGGGUGAUGAAGGUACUAUUCCUGAGGGUAUAAAUGUGGAGGAUGAGACUAUAAAUAAAGAGGCUGAGAAUGACAAAAGGGCUGAAAAUGAGAAUAAAGAAAGUGAAGAACAUGGAGAAGACCCUGAAUUUUAUGACAGUGCUUAUGUGCAAAGUGAAGAUGAACAAUGCUUGCUGGAGAAGGGUGAUAAAACAUUUGACAACUAUGUUGACCACAAACCUCCAUAUAUUUAUCCAAUUGCAGAUGAAGGAGAGAAAUCAGAUGAUAUGGUUGUCAAUGAUGUUAAUAGCUUUGAUAGUAGCUCAUGUGAUGAGGAAAGCAUUGAGAAACUAUUCAGUAUUCAACAAAGGAAGAUUAAGUUCUCCAAUAAUGAUAAAGAUAAGGUUAGAAGAGUUUGUUAUGGGAUCAAGAAUGGAAAAUGUCCAUGGUUUGUUUAUGCUUCAACUGUAAAUGGAAGUAGCAUGGUUCAAAUUAAGAGUUAUGAAGAAGAGUACACUUAUGGGACUGUUGAACACAAUCUCCAUACUAACUCAUAA